AGGUCGAGAGACCUCACAAUGACGCCUUGAUGAUAACCGCCCAACUAUCGGGCUAUGAAGUGCAGAGAAUCUUCGUCGACACAGGGAGCUCGGUAAAUGUGAUCUUUUAUGACUGUCUUAAAAGGAUGGAACUCGACAUCGAGCUUACGCCUCUACACACAUCACUCUUCGGGUUCAAUGGAUCAGAAGUCGCACCCCUAGGAGAAACCACACUUGCUGUCGUCCUGGGGGAAGGCGACUUGAGGAAGGUAAAGAUGGUACAAUUCGUUGUAGUCGACGUCGAGUCUGUCUAUAACGUGAUUCUGGGCAGACCGGCACUCAACGCAUUCCAAGCAGUGAUGUCAGCCUACCACAUGAAGCUAAAAUUUCCCGUUGGGGACAGAGUAGGGGAAGCCCGGGGAGAACGGAAGCUAUCGAGAACCUGUUACCAAAUAGCA